CAGCGGCAGAUUUGCGGAUGUGCAGAGGAGGGGAACCUACUGAAAGACAAUCAUGGCGUUGAAUGUCCCGGGACUGGUGGCUGUGUUGAUUUUUUACGUGGUCAUCCUGGUCAUUGGGAUCUGGGCAUCUCGAAAAUCCAAGAAAGAGGAGAAGACAUGUACUGGGAGCAAGAGCGAGGUCACCAUCGUCGGUGGCCGCAACAUCAAUGUCUUUGUUGGGAUUUUCACCAUGACAGCGACAUGGGUUGGUGGAGGUUAUAUUAUGGGAACCACUGAGGCUGUUUAUGUUCCCACCCGUGGUCUCAUUUGGGCUCUGGGGCCACCUGCACAUCUUUUGGGUUUUCUUUUGGCGGGACUCUUCUUUGCCAAACCUAUGAGGUCAAAAUGUUACGUGACUAUGUUGGACCCGUUCCAGUAUCGCUAUGGCAACAUGUUCACCGCAAUGCUGCUAGUUCCGGCUCUGAUCAGCGAUAUUCUGUGGGUGGCCUGCAUCCUUUCUGGUCUGGGAGGAACGAUGAGCAUGAUUCUCGAGUUGCCGUCAGCCCUCUCUAUUGUUAUCUCGGCCGCUGUCUCCAUCAUCUAUACAGUAUUAGGGGGUCUGUACUCUGUUGCAUAUACUGAUGUCAUCCAGUUUUGCUUCAUCUUUGUCAGCCUGUGGCUCUGUGUUCCUUUUAUGCUCCUCAGUCCUGCUAUUACUGACCUCGCACAAAGACCCCACAUCAACCAAACGAGUGAGAUCCCAUGGCUGGGAGAGAUGGAGCUGGCGGACGCAGGAAUAUGGAUGGAUGAGUUUCUAUUAGUGACCUUGGGCGGACUGGCCUAUCAAUGUCUCUACCAGAGGGUCCUCUCUGCAGCCUCCUCUGCUCAGGCUCAGAUCACCUGCUUCGCUGCUGCUGGGACAGUUUUUAUGAUGGGAAUUCCCUCGGUGAUCAUAGGAGCAGUGGCGGCCUCUGCAGACUGGAACCAGACAGCGUAUGGUCUACCCCCUCCUUACGAACGAGGGGAGGCGGUGAAGAUCUUGCCACUGGCCCUGCAAUAUCUCACACCCAACUGGGUAUCAGUGUUAGGCAUUGGUGCUGUGGCUGCAGCAGUCAUGUCCUCAAUGGACUCUGUGCUGCUGUCCUCAGCAUCAAUGUUUACACAAAACAUUUACAGGACGACUUUAAGAAAGCAGGCGUCGGAGCGGGAGCUGCUGUGGGUGAUCCGUGGUAGCGUGGUGCUGGUGGGCCUGGCAGGAACAGGCCUGGCCUUUGGAGAUGACAGCGUGUUUGCCCUCUGGCUGUUGAGCGGAGACUUGCUCUACUGCAUCGUCUUUCCACAGCUCGCCUGCGUGCUGCACUUCCGCCACGCUAAUACCUACGGCGCUAUCACCGGCUACGUAGUUGGGAUGCUGCUGCGUGUGGUGGGUGGAGAACCAGUACUCGGGAUCCCUCCUGUUCUCCUGUAUCCCGGCUGGACGGAGGAAGAUGGAGUUAUAAAACAGCACUUUCCCUUCAGAACCCUGGCAAUGCUUUCUUCUUUGAUAAGUGUUGUUAGCGUGUCCUGGCUGCUGGAGCUCGGCUUCUCUCGCCAGGUCAUUCCUCGGUCCUGGGAUUUUCUGGGCUUUUUUAAGGAGAACGAGGGAGAAGGAGAAGUGCAGGAAGAGCCUCUUCCUCUGGAGGAAAAGAACAAAACUCUUAAUACAAAAUUGUAAGCUUCACUUCAGUACAACUUCAGCCAAAGUACCCACAAACCUCUUUUUAUAGAAAUACCUACCACCCAUGCAUACCCCUAUUUUUGAUACUGCUAUAUUUAAUAUAUAUACAGUAUUAUCUCAAAGAAAUGCCAUACAAAAUGUAAGUGUACUUGCAAAUUUCAAACAGAUGCAAUUGCCAUUUUUCUAUCAACCAUAUAUCAUGACCUCCUCCAAGGAUUUCCAUGGAACUUUGUGGAAGGAUGAGGUAUUAGUCAGCAAAGAACACAUUAAAAUUGGGUUAGGGUUAGGAUCUGGAUCAGCAGAUGGAUCUAAGAAUUUCUACAAUUUCUUUGACGUUGCAAGAUGAGAAGCAUCUUUCAAUAUUUUCAUCUUGGCUUUGUUCCAGGGAAUAAUUCAUGGAACUUGAAGAAAGAAAUCAGGGAACAUUGAGGGAACUGACAUCUAUAAGGGUCUAGGUCUAGCUUGAUUUAAUACAAGGAGACAAGACAUAAGUGUUACUCAGAAACAAACAGUCCAGCAGGAGGUGCCUUUUGGAAGAAGUGUUCACUAUAAAUUUUUGUUUUAAUGCAAUUG